AAGCAAUCUGAACGAUACUACCCCGCCAAAAUCUACUUGCCCCAACACUUAAUGCUGCUAAUUGUACCUUAAACAUAUCAACAACAUCAUUGUCGACGAGAUCCUACAGCCGUGUUCCCGCUUUUACCGUUGCUUCUAAUUUUAUAACAAGCCUCUUUAAAAAAAACAAAUUCUAAACUUCUUCAAAAUGGUCGCGAUCAGCCCUGCUUUCGCUAAGGCCCAGGAGGAUUCCAAGAAGCUUACCUCCAAGCCUAGCAACGAGGAUCUUCUCGAUCUCUAUGCUCUCUUCAAGGUCGGUAACGCCGAAGACUUCAGCAAGGCUGAAAAGCCCGGCAUGUUCGACCUGAAGGGAAAGUACAAGUACCAAGCCUGGCAAAAGCUAGUCGACGACGAUGUCACCCCCGAGGACGCGCAGGAGCGUUACGUCAAGAAGGUCGAGGAGCUGAAGGAGAAGUAUGGCUUCGACGAGAACAAGGUCCCCGAGGCCGUCAAGAGCUCAUAAGUCUACAACAUCGCCAAAAUUUGUCACGUUGCCUCCGAUCGAUUUGCCCCGUAUAUUUAUAGCGUCGUUAUGCGAAAGACAGCACUUUUAACUAUCGGUGAAACGAUGGGAUAUCUGUGGUUAUAAAUCUCCGAGUUGCAAG